UUGUUGUUCACGCAACAGCCAGGAAACGCUAAAAGAAACGGCAAUUAUUACUUAAUUUGCAAAUUAAAAAGACUUUGUUUUGCAGCCCGCUAGGUAAGAGAGAGGAAGCCAUGGCCGAAACAGAGAAGCAACAACCCCAUCCCGACCAUCAUGAUGAGGAUGUGCACGAUGCCAACUACCAAGCACCGCCGGAGAAGACCAUCGAGGAGAUCAUGGCCGCCGAUCAGGAGGAUGAGAGUUUGAGACGCUACAAGGAGGCCCUCCUGGGCGCAGCCCAGACCGAGAAGAUUGUUGUCGAGCCCAAUGAUCCGCGCAAGGUGAUUGUGAAAAAGCUGGCGCUGGUUGUGGAGGGACGCGAUGAUAUGGAACUGGAUCUUACUGGCGACAUUAGUCAGCUGAAAAAGCAGCUUUUUGUGAUCAAAGAAGGUGUUCAGUACAAGGUGCGCAUUGAUUUUAUUGUGCAACGUGAAAUCGUUCACGGCCUUAAGUAUGUGCAAAAGACCUCUCGCUUUGGCAUGCCCGUUGUGGUCGACAAAAUGAAGCACAUGGUUGGCUCGUAUCCGCCGAAAAAGGAAAUUCAGUUCUAUUUGACGCCCGCCGAGGAGGCGCCCUCCGGCACAUUGUCGCGCGGCACUUACUCGGUCAGCUCGAUCUUCACGGAUGACGACAAGCACAUACAUUUGGAGUGGGACUGGACCUUUGAGAUCAAAAAGGACUGGGCAUAAGGCGGGAAACACACCACACAUAGAAACCCACACACACACACGCCACACACACACACCGACAUAG